UGGCCUUCGAGAAUAAUCUGCUUGGCAUGCAGGGUCCAGCUUCAAAUAAAAGUCUCUACAUGACCUGUUUCUUGUCGACAAUUUCAACUGUAACACACAUAGACGUCUUGCCUAUCUGUCAAGGGGACAGGACAAACAACUAAACGCAGGACUACAUUUCCAGGAAUCUGGUUUGAGAACAAGCCGGUAGCCGAGGUUCCAGUUGUUGUCGCCAAGGCGGCCGCAUAAGCACUGCGGCAAGGGGCCUGUUAGGGACUUGCGAACUACAAAGAGUAGGAAUAUCACCGCCAGCGCGCAACACACGUUCCUCCAAGUCGUUUUUCUUUCUUUUUCUUGUUAAAAAAACCCAUACUUCUCCUCUGCUCCGCCAUGGCUUCUAAUGCAGCCGCGCCAGUAGUGCUGAAGCCAUUGGCGGGACUCACCAAAGCAUCGCAGUUCGUGUCGUUUUACGAGCCCGUACAGAGUUCGACUAACUCGGCGACUGCCGAAGCGCCCAAGCUGAUCCUGGUCGCAAGCUGGAUGGACGCCAGAGACUUGCAUAUCGCCAAGUACAUCGCGCGGUAUCAAUCACUAUACCCGACUUCCAAGAUCCUACUCGUCAAGUUCAUCUUCAAGCACAUUGUGUGGCGAGCGGAAUGCAUCAAAGCGAUCCAGCCCGCCAUCUCUUAUCUCCGAUCUCAGGUUGACUCGGGGUAUCUGUCCGAGUCACCUUCGAGGCCGGAAGUUCUGCUGCAUGUGUUCUCCAACGGUGGCGUUGCUAGCACGAAGCACUUGUUUGAGGAAUACGAGAAGGAGACGGGCCAUGUCUUCCCCUUGCACGCGGCAGUCUAUGACUCCUGCCCGGGGCUCUUCAGCUACUGGGGCGCCUACAACGCCUCGAUCGCUGGUGUGCCCAAGGGCUUCUGGCGGUGGGUCAUGGCGCCUGUCAUUCACCUCUUGGACAUUUAUCUCUGGAUCAUGGUGAAACUUUUCCGCCAGCCUUAUCAUCUGCUGAUCAACGCAAACUGGCAUAAUAAUCCGGAAAAGACGAGACAGACUAACCGGGCGUACAUCUAUGGCAAAGGAGACGAGAUGGUCGAUUGGAAGCAUGUCGAUUCGCAUGCCCGACAGGCAGAGGGUAAAGGUUUCGUUGUUCGGCAAGAGAUGUUUGAAGGAAGUACGCAUGUAGCCCAUGUGAGGGCCGACGAAGGACGAUAUUGGAGGAUAGUUACAGAAACAUGGGGAAAAGCUGCACAUACUUAGUGGUUGAGCAUUACAUCGCAAUUUAUAGAGAAUAUAUUUAUUUAAUACG